GUUUCUUUAUUUAGGAACUUUGUGCUGCCUUUGAAGCCAAAGAAGAGACAUAUAAGUGUCUAAUGCAGAAAGGCCAGCAGAUGCUUGCAAGAUGCCCGGAAUCUGCUGAAACAAAUGUUGAGCAGGACAUAAAUAACUUAAAAGAAAAGUGGGAAUCUGUACAAACGAAGCUUGGUGAAAGAAAAACCAAACUGGAAGAAGCCCUCAAUUUAGCAAUGGAGUUCCACAACUCACUUCAAGAUUUCAUCAAUUGGCUCACGCAGGCGGAGCAAACUCUAACUGCAGCUUCUCGGCCAAGUCUUAUCUUGGACACUGUCUUGUUUCAAAUUGAUGAGCACAAGGUUUUUGCCACAGAGGUGAAUUCUCAUCGAGAUCAGAUCAUAGAGCUGGAUAAAACUGGUACCCAUUUGAAAUACUUCAGCCAGAAACAAGAUGUAGUCCUUAUUAAGAAUCUGCUGAUUAGUGUACAAAGUAGAUGGGAAAAGGUAGUUCAGCGUUUAGUCGAAAGGGGAAGAGCUUUGGAUGAUGCAAGGAAACGAGCCAAACAGUUCCAUGAAGCCUGGCACAAACUUAUGGAGUGGCUAGAAGAAUCAGAGAAAUCUUUGGACUCAGAUCUUGAAAUUGCAAAUGACCCUGACAAAAUAAAGAUGCAGCUUGCACAGCACAAGGAAUUCCAGAAAUCUCUUGGUGCCAAACAUUCUGUGUACGAUACCACAAACAGGACUGGACGCUCCUUGAAAGAGAAAACCACCUUGGCUGAUGACAAUUUGAAGCUUGAUGACAUGCUGAGUGAACUAAGGGAUAAAUGGGACACAAUUUGUGGAAAAUCAGUAGAAAGACAAAAUAAACUGGAGGAAGCCCUGUUAUUUUCAGGACAAUUUACUGAUGCUCUACAAGCUCUCAUUGAUUGGUUAUACAAAAUUGAACCUCAGCUAGCAGAAGAUCAGCCAGUGCAUGGAGACAUUGAUUUAGUGAUGAACUUGAUUGACAAUCACAAGGUUUUCCAGAAGGAGCUGGGAAAAAGAACAAGCAGUGUUCAGGCUCUGAAGCGUUCUGCCAGAGAACUUAUAGAGGGCAGUCGUGAUGACUCGUCCUGGGUCAAAGUACAGAUGCAGGAGCUGAGCACUCGCUGGGAGACAGUUUGUGCCCUGUCAGUAUCCAAGCAAACACGACUUGAACAGGCUCUCCGACAGGCAGAGGAAUUCCACUCUGUUGUUCAUGUCCUUUUGGAGUGGCUGGCAGAGGCAGAGCAGGCUCUUCGUUUCCACGGCGUCCUACCAGAUGAUGAAGAGGCCUUGCGUACGCUGAUAGAUCAGCACAGGGAGUUCAUGAAGAAACUGGAAGAGAAAAAAGGAGAACUGAAUAAAGCAACGGGUAUGGGAGAAGCUAUCCUGGCUAUCUGCCAUCCAGACUCCAUCACCACCAUUAAGCAUUGGAUAACAAUUAUCAGAGCAAGGUUUGAAGAGGUAUUAGCUUGGGCCAAACAACAUCAACAGAGACUGGCUGGAGCUCUGGCUGGACUUAUUGCUAACCAGGAAUUGCUGGAAGCCUUGCUAUCCUGGUUGCAGUGGGCGGAGACUACACUUACUGAAAAAGAUAAGGAGGUUAUCCCCCAGGAGAUUGAGGAAGUUAAAGCACUUAUAGCUGAACAUCAGACAUUCAUGGAGGAAAUGACCAGAAAACAACCUGAUGUGGAUAAAGUAACAAAGACCUAUAAAAGGAAGGCACUUGAACCCACUCCUGUACAAUCUCAUAUUCCUGUCCUUGAUAAGGGGAGAGCAGGAAGAAAGCGUUCUCCCACACCAGGCUUAUAUCCAUCAGCAGCCCAGGCACAAAUUGAAACCAAGAAUCCACGGGUCAACCUUUUAGUCAGCAAAUGGCAGCAAGUCUGGCUUCUGGCCUUGGAAAGAAGAAGAAAACUCAAUGAUGCCUUGGACAGACUUGAAGAGCUGAGAGAAUUUGCCAACUUUGAUUUUGAUAUUUGGAGGAAAAAAUAUAUGCGAUGGAUGAACCAUAAGAAGUCUCGUGUAAUGGACUUCUUCAGGAGGAUUGAUAAAGAUCAGGAUGGAAAAAUAACAAGGCAGGAGUUUAUUGACGGAAUCCUUUCUUCAAAAUUCCCAACAAGCCGACUUGAAAUGAGUGCUGUUGCAGACAUUUUUGAUAGAGAUGGUGAUGGAUAUAUUGAUUAUUAUGAGUUUGUAGCAGCUCUUCAUCCAAACAAGGAUGCUUACAAGCCUCUCACAGAUGCUGACAAAAUUGAAGAUGAGGUUACAAGACAAGUAGCUAAAUGCAAAUGUGCAAAACGGUUUCAAGUGGAACAGAUUGGGGAUAACAAGUACAGGUUCUUCCUGGGAAAUCAGGAUAUCAGACUAAAGACCAAUCACAGUAACCAUGAAUCCAAUGAUGAUAUCAUUUAUUUAUUGCAACUCAAGUUUGGUGACUCUCAACAACUACGCCUUGUUCGUAUCCUAAGAAGUACAGUCAUGGUUCGUGUUGGAGGUGGCUGGAUGGCACUUGAUGAGUUCUUAGUGAAAAAUGAUCCUUGCAGGGUUCAUCAUCACGGGAGUAAAAUGUUACGUUCGGAAUCAAACUCUUCAAUUACCACUCAGCCUACUAUAGCUAAAGGGAGGACAAAUGUGGAGCUGCGUGAGAAGUUCAUCUUGGCAGAUGGUGCCAGUCAGAGCAUGGCAGCUUUCAGACCAAGAGGCCGUAGAUCACGACCCUCUUCACGAGGUGCUUCUCCCAACAGGUCUACUUCUCUGUCAAGUCAGGCUGCUGCCCCACCACAAGCAAUUGCUACAAGUACACCAAAGACACCACAUCAUUUAACACGCAACUAUGGUAAACCAUGGUUGACAAACAGCAAAACAUCAACUCCUUCUAAGCCAGCAGAAUCCUCAGACUAUCAAGGGUCGUCUGGAGAGGGAACACCUAUUCAAGGAAGUAAACUCAGACUGCCAGGAUAUCUAUCAGGGAAGGGUUUCCACUCUGGAGAAGACAGUGGCAUUCUGUCCACAGCAGCUACCAGAGUCAGAGCUCAGUUUGCGGAAACCAGGAGAACUCCAAGCAGACCUGGGAGCCGAGCAGGAAGCAAGGCUGGCAGCAGGUCGAGUAGCCGCAGAGGCAGCGAUGCAUCUGACUUUGAUAUUUCAGAAAUCCAGUCUGUAUGCUCAGAUAUGUCAGAGACUGUUCCAGCUACAAGCAGACCGACACCCCGAGCAGGUUCUCGGCCAGGAUCAGCCAAGCCUUCUAAAAUUCCAACUCCCCAGAGAAGGCCGAUAGCCAGCAAAUUGGACAGGUCCUUGAAGAGAUAAUAUGAUUAGCUUCAUCAGUUUUUUUUUUCCUUUUGCGUUAAGUAUUUAAGUUCGUAAGAUGUAAAAUAUUCUGUAGAAAUUGUUGUGAAAUAUCGCAAGAGGUGGAUUUUUAAUUCUGCAGAUGGCCUUAUUUGUGUAUUUGUCUUCUUAUUUUAUGUGUAUAAUUUUUGUCAGAUUUGUUUUUGUUUAUGCCAUAUCCUGUGAGGAGGGGGGAAGAGUUUUAAUGUAAACUAACAGUUGUACACAGUGAUGUGUAGAAAGUACACUAAAAAAUAAUUACCAAAUGUACAGUGUACUGAAUGUACAGUAAAUCUCUGGAGCCUGAAGAAAAUAGACCUAUCACUAUGUCAUUAGUUAACAGUAAAGGAUACCUCAAGAUUUUUCUUUAAAAAAAGAAAAAAAAGAAUACUAAAAAGCCAAAAGACACAAUUGUGCAUUUUGAGCUAAUGAAACAAACACUAAAGGAUGUGUGUCAAAGCUACCGAGGAAUACAGACCCACAGUCACAGUACCCUUAUUUAUACAGCAUCUCUCAGAGAACUCACACAGUUAAGCACUUGCCAGUGAUAUGAUACUCCAAUACCUUGCAGCGUUUCUGUGCCAUUGCUUUCGGUGAGGCCAGACACAUUCUGGAUAUCGGAACUAUUAUUCUAUAAGAAUAUCAAUAUAAAGUGCAUUCAUGUAAAUGUGAGGUUUUCUUUUGCUUGAGUGGAUGGUAGCACUGUAUUAUUAUUGAACUCAUUUUGUAUCAAAGCAAUUUUGCUUGCAGAAGGCUCUGAAAUAAACAUGUCCCUUAACUUUA